AUGACCAACAAGGAUUUCAGAUACCCGUCACCUUCCGACUCGCACGACUACGUAUAUGAUUUUUCAGACCAUAUUCGCCGUAAACACGGCGAACUAAAUGAGGGCCUUGAAGCUGGUCAUCGGAUACGACUUCCUAUACCAGAUAUCCGGUUCGAACAGACAUACCUUAGCCGCGUGCAGACGUGCCUUCAUGUGGAAGAAAUAGCGGGAAGAGGAGGCGGUGUCGACCCUCCAUCAUCCACUGACGACUCAUUCACCGCUGCUACACACGUUAUACCAGUCAUCACUUCAUCACAGCAAAUCACACGCGUUGACUGGGGAAAACUAGCUUGGAUCACGGUUCGUGAUCAGGUAAUUAUGCCGCUGUUGCAAGGGAUGCUUUGGGGCGUCAUUGGAACAUACUACCGCCCCUUUGUUGGCGUUAUGAAGGACAGUCUUCGUAGUAAACCCGCUUCACCCCUCCCAGUGGAAGGCGAAGGCGUGGGAUUGUUAAGGAGCUGGGCAAAGAAGUUGGGUCUCGGGCAACUUACAAUUGGACCUGUUAGCACGACGUCAAGGUUGUAG